AUGGCAACAUUUUCAUUCCCUUCUGUACAGAAACAGAUCUCUAAUGUGUGUGGAAAAAUUAUUCCGACAACAAUAACAGCCGAUGAGCAUGGUUACAGCAUAAGAACUGUUACAGCACAUGGUUUGUUACAUGUAGAAGCUGCAUUGUCUCCUUUACCAGAGAAGAGAACAGAAGUUGGAUCCUCUCCUCUAGUCAAACAGCUGCUUCAUGAACCAGAGACUGUCACCAUCAUAGACACUGAGUAUGGAGGGCUUUACAAUGUGGCCUGUCUGAGUGAUGAAGAAAUCUGGACAAGUGGAGGUGACAACACCAUGAAACUCUACAGCAUCAAUCACGGAUCACUACUCAAGUCAAUCACAACCAAGUCAAGACACGAGCCAUACGACAUAGCAGUUACAAAAAGUGAAGAUCUUGUUUAUACUGAUUAUUGGGAUAGAAGUGUGAACAUUGUGAAGAAUGAGAAAAUAGAGGAGAUGUUCACACUACAGAACUGGAAACCUUGCGGUGUUUGUGGUACCUUCUCUGGUGAUUUCCUGGUUAUCUUGAACAAUGAUGAUAACAAACAAUCAACGGUUGUCCGUUUCUCUAGCUCCACAGAGAAACAAAUCAUUCAGUUUGAUGAUAAGGGUAAACCUCUCUAUUCAUUUGGUAGUUACAUAACAGAGAACAGAAACCUGGAUAUCUGUGUGUCUGACUAUGGAGCUAGAGCAGUAGUUGUGGUCAAUCAUGCAGGGAAACUAAGAUUCAGGUACACUGGACGUAUUCCUGCUCCAAAAAACAAACCAUUCUAUCCACUAGGAAUCAUAUCAGACAGUCAGAGUCACAUCCUCACAGCUGAUUUAGAGAAUUACUGUGUCCACAUCAUAGACCAGGAUGGACAGUUCCUCCGUUACUUAGACUGCGGACUGAGUAAACCCCAUGGAUUGUGUACAGAUACAAAUGACGGUCUGUUUGUUGCUCAGAUUAAAAACGGACAAAUGAAGAAAAUCAUAUAUCUGAAGUGA